AUGGCCUUCCUCGAGCUACUCGGCCGCCUUCGGCAGACAGCGAGGGAGGAGCUCACCUUCAUGAUGGUCUUCUUCUGCGCAAGCCUCAUCGGUGUUUUCGCCAUCUUGAUCUACAUCGUCUCGCAGGUUUUCGGCAUAGCGGCAGGUGCAGGAAUCAUGGGAGCAACCGCUGCUCUGGCAGUCCUCAACGUCGAAGCAGAAGAAGAAGCAGAUGAUGCCAUUGAAGCCAAAUCGCAGGAGAUUCUGGCGAGCUUCUCCGACCGCUCGCGAAAGAGGCGCGAGUGGUUGUUGCGGCGAAGAGCUCGAAGGGAAGGCCGUGAGGAAGACGAGGAUUCAGGAACGGGCUCCGAGCCUGCUUCUCCGAGCUCGCCCACUAUGCUGCCAGAGGGCUCAGAGCCCUUCUUCGAUGACGGCAGCCCGCUGCCUUCAGACAUCAGCGAUCUCAGAGCCACUUUGCAGGCGAGGUUGAAAGCUCUACGAAACUUGGAGGACGAAGCCGGGUCCAAACAGAAGUCAUCUGCAGAGGCUGGCGGGGAUGGCGAGGCUGCGAUCUGCCAAGAGGCCGCCGAGGCUGCCCAUCAGUUGCGUCUCAAGCGGCUCGUUGCCGAAAUGCGCGAGCGCAGCGCCGACUACAAAGACUUUCCACGACAGCACUUUCCAUUCAUAACGAAAGCCAUGCGGCAGCAUUUUGGCUUUCUCUUCCCAAACAGCUCGCUUCUGGUGCCGGCGCUUACCUGCAGCUUUGCCGCUGUCUAUGUGGUUCGGAGGCUCCGACUCCAGGUCCAGCAGCUGGAGCGGUUAAAGGCAGAUGUGCCAGUGGCAGAAGAUCUAGAAGAUCUUCAGCCUUCUGGCAACGAGAGCGGCACCUUUGAAGAGCUGGCAUCGCCUUCACAGCAGCAUCUGCAGCAGCAGCUUAUCAAUGUCUUGUCUCUGCUUUCCCUGCGGGACAGCUUCAUUGCCCUGCCUGCGGUGUCACGCUCGAUGCACCAGAUUUUCCAAGAGGAGGUUUUCGCCGGGAUUCGCACCAACCACCUCUGGCCGACCGAAAGGUUUCCACCGGUUGCGCCGCCGGUCCCUCCGAGUGAAGCUCUGCACUCGCCUCUGGAAGUUCUGUUUUUGUGGUCCGUUCGCGAGCGAUGGGCCGGCUUUUCCAAUGCAGCCGAAGCGCCCCACCGAGCUCUACAGCCAAAAGCAGGGAGGAAGGCUCCUGGCCCCAUCCUGUGGACGCUGGAGCGCUUUGGCUGGAACGAUCGCGGGGCCCGAGCACUGCGCGCGGUGCUCAAGUGGAAGGCAGACCCCGACGAGCUGGAUGCCAACAGGUGGACGCCCUUAAUUUGGGCAGCCCACCUCGGAUGCGUCGUAAUCGGCCGCCUGCUUCUGCGUGCCGGUGCAAAUCCUGAUCAUAUUGGGGCCGAGGGCUCCUCCGCCCUGAGCGUGGCUUGCCGCUCGGCUCACAAGGAGGUCGUGCAGCUGCUGCUGCUCAACCAGGCUUCGCCCUACUUGGUGCCCAUCGGGAAUGGCAAUUUCGAUCACCACGUGGGCGAGGAGAUCUUGGAGAUGGUACGCCAAUAUCGGAAGUUGUCCACAAAGCGUGGCAGCUUCGUGCUCAGCUCCAGCUGA